AGUGGGGACACUGCGGAGUGGGGACUUUCGAGUAGCUGGCAAACACUUGCUCUAUGCGUAGCGCGCAUGUUGGUAGAUGGGACAGAUUGAGAAAAGGAGAGGAUGAGCGUGCUACACGCAGUCAGGAUUUUCAUUAGAAUAAAGCAGAAUGGCUAGUGUUUUUCUGAUUUACUGAACCGUUUACCUUCGUAUUUGUUCUUCUUGCUUGCUCCCCAAAAUGACCACCCGUGGACCUAGCAUCGUGUUUGAGUGGCUGAAGACCCUCCAGCUCUCUCAGUAUGUGGAGUCCUUCGUGGAUAACGGCUAUGAUGAUCUGGAAGUUUGCAAACAAAUUGGGGACCCCGACCUGGAUGCUAUCGGUGUCUACAUACCGCACCACCGGCGAAGGAUCAACAACGCGGUGCAAAGGCUGAAAGAUGAGGAUGAGGAAGCCGCCGGGCUUUACUUCACACUUGAGCCAAUGCCCACCAACCCCCCCAACAGCCACCUGUUGGAACAUUGGGGGUCAAAGUCUUGGACCGAACCGGACAGUGACUGGGUCGGGAGGAAUGGGGGUACAUAUCUGUGCGCGCAAAGGAACCUGAUGCUUGGCAACCGAAGGGAGUUGGUGAUUUACCCCAAAAUGAAGCUGAAGAUCAUGAUUAGGGAUAAAGUCAUCAGAGAUGGCAUCAACAUCGCCAGGCCACCAUACUCAAACAAGGUAUAUGUCACACAAAUGUUUUUGGUGUGCUUUGUCCAGUGUUGA